CAAUGAGAGCAAAGGUUGAGUUGUUAUUAUUAUCUUAAUAUAUUAUUCAAUCUUAACCAUGUCGAGAGUUUUUAUUUUGCUGUCCGUCGUUUUGUUCAGUAUUUAUCAAACUGAACAAGCACAUUUUCUGACCGACGAUUACAUUAAUCAAAUCAACAAUGAAGCAACAACAUGGAAGGCCGGUAAAAAUUUCCCUUCGGAUACUUCCGUCGAGUACUUAAAAAGCAUGUUGGGAUCCAAAGCAGUAGAAAAAUCGUCAAACGGUCCGUUAAAAACCGAAGAUCCGAAUUAUGACAAUUUGCACAUUCCUGAAACGUUCGAUGCGAGAAAAAGGUGGAGACGCUGUCAAACGAUCGGCCACGUCCGAGAUCAAGGAAUGUGCGGCAGCUGUUGGGCACACUCGACCACCAGCGCUUUUUCCGAUCGCCUAUGCAUAGCCACCGAUGGGAAAUUCAACCAACUGAUUUCCGCUGAAAAAUUGACUUUCUGUUGUUACUUGUGCGGUUUUGGAUGUUUUGGCGGGUGGCCAAUCAUGGCCUGGAGAUACUUCAAAUAUUUUGGCAUUGUCACCGGAGGAGACUACGGCAGCAACGAAGGCUGCCAACCAUACGGUGUACAGCCAUGUAUAGUUGACGAGACAGGAAACAACACGUGCAGUGAACGACCGUUUGAAAAACGACACAAAUGCAAACGAGAGUGUUACGGAAAUACCACCAUUGAUUACCACAAAGACCACGUCUACACCCAAAACGCGUACCACCUUAAAGCUGAUAUUAUUCAAAAGGACGUGUUGGUUUACGGCCCAAUCGAAACGUCUUUUUUGGUGUUCGACGACUUCAUGAACUACAAAUCUGGCGUCUACGUGGUGACAGAAAACGCUACUUACUUGGGAGCAGGACAUUCCGUGAAAUUGAUCGGUUGGGGAGAAGAAGGAGGAGUACCUUAUUGGUUGAUGGUCAACUCGUGGAAUACUAACUGGGGUGAUAUGGGAACGUUCAAGAUCCGGAGAGGCACCAACGAGUGCGGAAUCGAAGAUCAUGCGACAGCCGGUGUGCCCUUUAUUAAAUAAAAAAAAAAUUAUAAAUUAUGUAGUCCGAAAUCUGUAGUUACCUAUAUAACUUUAUUGUAUUCUUCUUAUUGUAUUACUGUGACAAUCUCGAAAUAAACACAUUGUAGUAAUAUAGUUUAAAAUUAGAAAGCUAUU